UAGAAAUUGUACAAUCCGCUAGUUUUUCGGAAAAUAGUCGGUCUUUAGGAAAAGCGUGCUUUGCACGACGAGUGGUGAAUAUCCUCGACUUUUUUUAUAUGCUGUUGGUCACUUAUUAGCCGCAUUUGGCUGCAUUAAACGAGCAUACGCGUCAGCAGUUUCGAUCGAAUUGCCGUGGUACUUGGAGCAAGAUGAAAGCCGUGUACAUCGUAGCGGUUCUCUGUGUGCUAGCAGGUUUGAUAUAUGCAGAAGAUUUACUGAAUGAAAAUGAAGUUUGUACCGGUGAAGAUGAAAAUUGCACGGGCCAAACGGCAUCUGAUGCCCAAAAUACAGAGGAUAGCCCAACUACAUAUCAAUUCCAGGCUAAAGUCAGUCGUAUGAUGAAACUUAUAAUCAACUCCUUGUAUCGAAAUAAAGAGAUUUUCUUGAGAGAACUGGUAUCAAAUGCAUCUGAUGCUCUUGAUAAGAUUCGUCUGCUAAUGUUGACGGUAAAAAAUGCCAUUGAUCAAGACGAGGAACUCUCCAUUUGGAUAAAAGCAGACAAAGAGAACAAAAUAUUGAGUAUAACGGACAAUGGUAUUGGUAUGACCAAACAAGACCUGAUAAAUAAUUUGGGUACACUUGCAAAGUCCGGCACUGCAGAGUUUUUGGAAAAACUCCAGGACUCGAAUUUCAAGGAAAUGAAUGAUAUGAUUGGCCAAUUCGGUGUGGGAUUCUAUUCGGCAUUUCUUGUAGCUGAUAAAGUAGCUGUCACAUCGAAACACGAUGAUGAUAAACAAUAUGUCUGGGAAUCUGAUAGUUCAAGUUUCAGUAUUGUCGAAGAUCCUAAAGGAAAUACGCUCAAGAGAGGAACUACUGUUAGCUUAUACCUAAAAGACGAAGCUACAGAUUUUUUGGAGACAGAUACACUAAAAAAUCUCAUAAAAAAAUACUCUCAGUUUAUAAAUUUCCCAAUUUAUUUGUGGAAUAGUAAGGUUAUUGAGGUUGAAAAAGACGCCGAAGAAGAAGAUAAGGUUGAGACAAACGAGGUAGAAAAACAAGAAGAACUAGACGAAGACGAUGUUAAGAUAGAAGAAUCCACUGAACCGAAAGAAAAAAAAAAAGAAAAAUCUAAAAAGACAGUGUGGGAUUGGGAACUGUUGAAUGACUUGAAGCCCAUUUGGACAUAUAAACCAUCAGAAAUAAGUGACGAAAGGUACAAUGAGUUCUACAGAAAUCACACCAAGGAUACUCAAGAUCCUCUUAUCAAAUCUCAUUUCCACGCCGAGGGAGAAGUUACAUUUAAGUCAUUACUGUUCAUCCCUAAAAUUCAACCAAGCGAAAGUUUCAAUCGUUAUGGUACAAAAACUGAUAGCAUCAAAUUAUAUGUCAGAAGAGUAUUUAUUUCAGACACAAUGAACGAUCUACUUCCAAAUUAUCUGUCUUUCAUCCAAGGUAUUGUUGAUAGUGAUGACCUUCCCCUUAACGUUUCUCGUGAAAACUUGCAACAACACAAACUCUUGAAAAUAAUUAAGAAAAAAUUGAUCCGAAAAAUUUUGGAUACCUUAAGGAAACUUUCUAAAGAAGAUCAUAUCGCAUUUUGGAAAGAAUACAGCACCAACAUUAAGUUAGGAAUCAUUGAGGAUUCUCAAAAUCGCGCUAGAUUGUCAAAGUUGUUGUUGUUCCACACUUCUGCUCACGAUAAUCUAACGACUCUAGCGGAAUACGUUUCUCGCAAACAGCCAGAUCAAAAGAGGAUUUAUUACGUAGCUGGUACAUCUCUUGAAGAAGUGAAAAAAUCUCCGUUCAUUGAGAAAUUAGUGUCGAAAGGAUUUGAAGUAUUGUACCUUAUUGAAGCUGUUGAUGAACACACCCUUUCAUAUCUGCCAGAGUUUGAUGGAAUCAAGAUCCAAAAUGCGGCCAAAGAAAUCCCUGACUUGGAUGAUAGCAAUAAGAAGGAAUUGACCGAGACGUUCAAGCCACUCAUUGAUUUCUUUGAGGAAUUGUUCAAAGAAAACGUCACCAAAGUUCAAAUAUCAGACCGCUUGACGAAUUCCCCCUGUGCUCUAGUGGCUAAUAUGUUUGGAUGGACUGGUAACAUGGAAAGGCUGGCGAUAUCGAAUGCGUUUAAGAAAUCGGAAGAUCCACAAAAAGCUCACUUCUUGAACCAGAAGAAAACCCUGGAAAUAAACCCUGACCAUCCCUUAAUUAAGGAACUGUUGCACCAAGUUGAAAGCAAUCGAGAGGAUGAUGUUUUAGAAAAUAUUUCAUGGAUGCUGUACAACACAGCUACUCUUAGGUCUGGUUACAUAUUGAGGGAACCAUCAGAUUUUGCAGAUAGUACUGAAGAACUUAUGCUGACAGUUUUGAGAAUCCCAUCUGACAAAAUUCCACAAGAUCAUGAGGAACUUUGAGGAAAUUAAGUUGCAUGAUUAAAAAUCUUGUCAUCAUAUUCUAUAGAGUGCCAAUUGUGCACACAUCUCACGAUAUUUUUGUAAUGUGAUAUUUGUUUCGAUUGGAAACUCAGCAUUUUACACCAUAACCUAAUAUUAAAUAUUUGUAUACAUACACGCGACGACAACUGAUUCUCAGACUCUCAUUCAAAGGUUAAAUCAAUAAGGAUAUCGAUUUUACUUGAUACAGCUAUCCAAUAAUUAAGUAUUUUAAUGCAUAAACUUUAACUGCGAGCAAGAGAAUCAAUUUCCAUCGUAUUGGCUUGCGAACAAUACCGUCAGCGUGAAACACCCGGGUAAAAUUAUAAAAAUUGAUGAUUACCAAAAAUGUCGAGAAAAGGCGAUUCAACAACUAUCGUCAACAGCCUCUAUGACAUUCCUCAUGUCUUGAAAAUAGUAGAAAAGAUAGAUUUUUCGGAACCCAAUACGCACGUCCACCUAUUUAUGAAGCGGAUGUGAUCAUAGAGAGAUGGACUUGUAACUCAUGGGUCUUAAUUUCAAUCAUGUCAUGAGUGUUAAUGUACGUACGAUAAGUUAUGUAACUAAAUAAAUAAAUGUACAACAUAUCCUCACUCACGCACUCUUAAAAAUAUAUCGUGUUUAAUUGAAUUUGAUGGAGAUUUGGCUAGAAAAAUCUGAUAAAAAUUUUAAAGGUGCCGAUAAAAUACGCACGAUUUCAUAAAUUUGUACAUGUAUAAGUUUUUGAUAGUUGUACGAAUGUAAGUCAUGUCAAUCAUACUGAACUGAUUCUUGUAGUCAAAUGUCCUUAAAUAUACAGUAAAAUAUAAUAUACGAUAUUUUUACGAUACAAAAGAACUGAUUUCUUCAAAUGACUUCCUUUAUAGACUCUGUAGUCUGAAAUGUGAUUAAAGUUUGAUCAUGGAUCUUUUAUCUUAUUUAAUAUAUACGAGCACGUGUAACGUACUUUUAAAAUUGCUUUAUAUAACGAAAUGUGCUUAUUUUUUAAACUUGAGCAACGUUUUUUAUGAACAGAAAUAUUAUUUUUUUCUGAUUUAAGCAGUGCUUCAAAAGUAAAUAUAAAUUCAUUGUGUCACAGCUUGCAAUUGCAUUAAUAAUACUAUGAAUCUGAUCGAAUUUUUCUCUUUAAUCACCAAUAUAGUCUGAUUCUUUUUGUUGGCCAACGAUAUUAAUUUUCGAUUUGCUCUGUGAGUGGAUAAACUCAUGUGACGUGGUAUAUAUAUCACGUGCAGUUACUAUAUUACUCACAUUCCGAUCAAUUAUCCGUUACCUUGUGUAGCGUAGAUCUCAACUUAUGUUGUAAUCAAAUACUAUCCUUCGCCAUCUCAUCUAACUAUUGAUCGGAAUUGGGUUAGUCCACUUAUUGAGCAAAUCGAUUUCGUUGUCAUAUUUUAACUUUUUUUUCUAAUUGAGUCAAGUUUAGAAUAGCCGUACAUAUAUGUUUCGUUUGUGUACCUCGUUACUUUCUUUUACAUACUACUUGUAUAAGAAACGAUGGAAAGAAAAGAGUGUAAUAUAAUUAAGUCAUUGUAAUAUUUUAGCUCAAAACAGCUCCGUAAUCUUCUAAAAAAUGUUUAAGACUUGUUUUUUUUCUAUAUCAAAGUUCAUGUAAUCUAUGAUGCGCAACUUUCCACUAGCCUUUUUUUUACUUUUUCUGAUUAUAUAGUUACGGCUAGCCAUUGUGAUUCAUAAGAAUUGAAAAUUAAAAAAAAAAAAAAAUACUUUGUAAGCCAUCGAAUAUUUGUACGUCUGUAUAAAAAUUCCUUAGAUUAUUAAAAAACGUUACAAAUAUA